AUGACUUCCUCAGCUGUAACUAUAGAAAGAGCCAACACCGGCCACUCGGUAUCUGGGCUGCAGCGCCGGACAAUGCGGGCGCGCGCAGAGGGCGCCAGGGACCCGCCAUCCCGCUGCCCUGCGCUGGGGGCACAGUGGGCCGGCGCGGGGACAGGCGGGCGGCACGCCGGUGGGCGCGGGACGGCGGCGGGGACCCCCGCGGCGCUCCCGGCCUCACCUGCGCGGCCGCCCACCGCCCGCGGUCCGCGAGAACAAAGGCGGGGGCGCCAGCCGGCCGCGCGCUCCAAGAUGGAGGGCGCCGGGGGCUCCGGCCGCCGCUGGGCCCGCCUCGCCCCGGCCCGCCCCGCGCGGGCGCUUCCGCCGCCUCACCUGCCGCGCCUAGGCCACCCGAACAGCGAGCGGACGUGCCCCGAGCCUCCGAAGAGGGCCCGGCGCCCGAGACGAAGGAGGGGCCCCCGGACCUCGAGCCCCCGCCCCCGCCCGCCCUCUGGCCCCGCGGGUCGCGCCCCUCACCCCGAGCGCGCGCCCCCCACUCCGCCCCCCAGGCCUCCGCGCGCCCCAAGCGUGAGCUCCGGCCCCGGCGCCCAGUACACUGCGCUCGGCUGGCAGCGCGAGGCCCUGAGCGCGCUCCAAGCCUCGGGGCGACUUGGGGAUCCCCGGGCGCGCGCCCCCGACCCCCGCGCCUCUCCCCGCCCCUCCCACCGCCGGCGGCCGCGGGGGUCCCGGACGGCGCGCCUCUCCUCCCACUCCGCCUCCCACCCUCCGGGCAACUCGCGGGAACCCGAGCGCUCGCCCCGCCCCCUGCCCCCUGCCCCCUGCCCCCAGAGCGGCGCAAUUACAGCGCAAGUUUGCCAGUGGCCGGCGGCGGCGGGGCGCCGGGAGCCUCCCUCGCCCUCGGCCGGCCGGGGCUCCCCCGAGUGCAUGGGCGCAGGUCGGGCGGCCCUGGGGGCCUGA